AGGAAUUGGGCUUUUCCUUUUUGCGGCUGCUUUCAAAUUCAUCUCACCAUUAACUCCUCGCACUCUCCGCUCCUUCUUCUUCUUCUUCUUCUUCUUCUUCGUUUCAAUUCAAUUCACACACAAACACACACACUCAUUUCCAUACAUAGAUAGAUAUACACAAAGUAGCAUACUUUUUUUUAUUUUCGAGGAAACGGAAUUGCUGAAUUUGAAGGCACACCUGUAGAGAGAGAGAGAGAGAGGGGGGGAGAAGAAAGUUUCGAAAUUGGAAAGAAUUGUUUGGUGAAUUUCCGAAGGGGGUUUGUGUUUUUGGUAAUAUUUUCCAUAUGUAAUGCAUCAGAAAAAAUCUGAAGUACAGAUCGGAACAGAAAGCAGCGGCGUCUCUUCCGAUUUCAACCCCACCCCACCCCUGCCCCCUUCCUCCCUCACCCAGAAACACCCGCAUAUCUCGCAGUCGAAUCCGGCGCCGUCGUCAUCGCCCGGCCCCAAUCCCGGCCUCCAAAUCCUCAUCAACGAUGAGCUGCAGCAGCAGGAGCAGAAUGACCCUUUUACCCCCAAGCCCACCCCUUUCAAGAGACCCCAUCUCCAGCAGCAUCACCAUUUCUCCCGCUCCCUCACCAAGACCCCGACUCUCUCCAACGCCCUCCACAGAUACGCGCAGGACCCUCCCCCAAAAUUCACGCUUUUCCACAAUAGGUCUCACAAGUUCUUGACCCAUUUCCACCACCACCUCCGCCACCUCCGCCGCCGUCUCCGCCUCCACCUCCGCCUCAUCCUCCUCCUGAGCCUCCCUUUCUUUUACUUCCUCGUCUCUCACCCUUCCAGGUCAUUUGUUCUUGAUUUCCUAUCCGCUUUCGCCUUCUCGGCGGUGCUCCUUUUUUCCCUCAAUUUAGCCAUUCCGAGGCUUCCCACAAUUAGGUUGUUCCUCGCCAGGUCUUUGCCGAUUAAGAUAAGCGCCAAGGACCAUGGCACCCGCCCGCAUUUGCCCGUCUUUUGGUCCAUUGGUUCGAGGCAGAAGGCCGAUAAGAAGGCCAUUUCCGGGUGUUAUGUGCAAGCAUACACCAAUGGGGAUGUCUACGAGGGUGAGUUUCAUAAGGGGAAAUGUAGUGGCAGUGGGGUGUAUUACUAUUACAUGAGUGGGAGGUAUGAAGGUGAUUGGGUUGAUGGCAAGUAUGAUGGCUAUGGUGUUGAGACGUGGGCACGGGGCAGCCGCUAUAGAGGGCAGUACCGCCAGGGCCUUAGGCAUGGUUUUGGAGUAUAUAGGUUUUACACUGGUGAUGUUUACGCGGGGGAAUGGUCUAGUGGGCAGAGCCAUGGCUGUGGGGUUCAUACCUGCGAGGAUGGUAGCCGAUAUGUAGGAGAGUUUAAGUGGGGUGUUAAACAUGGUCUUGGACACUAUCAUUUCAGGAAUGGAGAUAGAUAUGCCGGGGAGUAUUUUGCAGACAAAAUGCAUGGAUUUGGGGUCUACUAUUUUGCAAAUGGACAUCGUUAUGAGGGUGCCUGGCAUGAGGGGAAGAGACAGGGGCUCGGAAUGUACACUUUCAGAAGUGGCGAAACUCAGUCGGGCCACUGGCAAAAUGGAAUUCUUGACGUUCCAAGCACACAGAGCAAUGUAUAUCCCGUUUCGCCUGUUGCUGUCAAUCACUCUAAAGUGCUUAAUGUUGUUCAGGAAGCUCGACGAGCAGCAGAAAAGGCGUACGAGGUGAGCAAAGUGGAUGAGAGAGUGAAUAGGGCAGUAACAGCAGCUAACAGGGCAGCUAAUGCAGCAAGAGUAGCAGCAGUCAAAGCUGUGCAAAAGCAAAUGCAUCACAAAAGCAACAGCGACGACAUCCCCAUUCCCAUCAUGUAAGACUGGCCGCCGCCCACCAUGACUUCAUACCAGAAAAUACGACAAGAAAAGACGGUUUGUCAACGACUUAUGGUAAACUGACUGACCACACCUCCCAUUUUACUACGUUUCCCCGUUCGAACGUCAUGUGUUUUUCUAAGUGAAAGCUGAAUUUUCGAGCAGCUCGUUGGCACAGCGGCAUCUAGCCUCUUUUUUUCUUUCUUCUUUUUCCUCUUUUCAUUUUCUUUUUUCUUUCUCUUUUUGGCUUUUGUAAAGUUCAAAUAGGUAUAUGGAAUUGAGGGCUGGUGCUGGUGCAAAGGGAAAAAACCCUUCACUCGAGCAGCCCUGUAUGUGGUGAUGAUGUAACUAAUGAGAAAACUCAAGAGAGAAUGUUGUAAUAUUUCUACUUCAACGUGUUGUUGCCUUCCUCUUUCUCCA